UGCGCCCAUAACAUACAUUGUAUACACACAUAAAUACGACGUACUUGAUCACUGAAAAUCCAUCUCUCCAUGUUAUAUACACCCCUCUCAUUUUUCAUUUCACUGCUUGCGCAAUGGCAAAACGACUCAAGCUUCACAUCUCCAGAGCCAUCACAUCUUCCUUCCACUCCUGCCGUUCCAAAGACCCUUCCGUCUCCAAUCCCAUCCCUUCUUUCUUCCGAUUCUCCCCCAACCUCGCCGUACCGCCGCCGCAACCACCUCCCUCCGCCGUCAAACCCGAUCACCUCUCCUCCAAGAGCCACGUUGAGCCGCAGCUCUUUCAGUGGCAGAAUAAAGAAGAAGAAUGGCAGCUCGUCUACCACAAGUCGCCUCCUACAAAGAAGAAGAAAAUUAUAAGACGUAACAAAAAGGAGAGAGGCGAGAGUUCUAGAAGCUUCUCCUCCGAUUCUUCCGCCGAGUUCCACCCAAUUCGCGAGAAGCCUCGAAAGAAAAAGAAAAAGAAAAAGGGCUGCGUCACGACUGGCUUGUGUAGAUUAUCAAUAUCAUCGUCGCCGGCCAGACUGUCGGUGUUCAAGAAACUGAUACCCACGGUGGUGGAAGGGAAGGUGAGGGACAGUUUCGCGGUGGUGAAGAAAUCGGAGGAUCCGUACGAGGAUUUCAAGCGAUCUAUGAUGGAUAUGAUAUGGGAGAAACAAAUGUUCGAGGAAGGAGAUUUGGAGCAGCUUCUUCAGUGCUUCUUGUCUCUGAAUUCCCCGCGUCAUCACAAGGUUAUUGUUGAUGCAUUUGCUGAGAUUUGGAAUGCUAUGUUUGCUGAUAGUAAUAUUACAGGUACUAGCACUACCAGGAAUUCCAACUCUGUCUCAGUUGUUGAUUGUGAACCAACAUCGAGCAUCGAUUUCAGCUAGGCUUAACUAGUUUGAAUAUAUAUCAUGCAUGUAGAUCAGCAGAUGUAACUCAUCGAUGAUCUUGUUAGCUAGUUUAGCUAAUUAAAUGAACUUUAACUUUUUCGUA